AUGACCGCUGUUUGCCCCUCUGACAGCAGACCUGAUGGGGCUGGGACGGCAGGCUCUGGGGGGUCGAGGGCAGCGGGCACAGCCGGGUCCAGGUCGGUUUCCGGUGCCGGGACCGAGGGGUCUGCCAGCGGUUCUGUUGCAGGCACGGCCGUGGGAUGUGGCGGUCAGAGGUAUAACCGCUUGAGCCACCAGGACAGCUCAGACAUCACUACAGAUGAUGAGGGAGCCUUGACUCGCCGUCUCACACCUCUGGAGCGGUUGAACUUGGACAUGUGCCAGGAUGACAGGGUGGUCCGUGAGCUAACAGUGGGAAGACGAAUAGGCUUUUACAAAGUGAGAGGGGAGAUUGGCUCUGGCAAUUUCUCCCAUGUCAAACUCGGAAUCCACGCCCUCACCAAAGACAAAGUGGCAAUAAAGAUCCUGGACAAGACCAAGCUGGAUCAGAAGACCCAGAGACUGCUGUCUAGAGAAAUCUCCAGCAUGGAGAAACUGCAUCAUCCCAACGUCAUACGCCUCUAUGAGGUGGUGGAGACACUUUCACGGCUUCACCUGGUGAUGGAAUACGCAGGCGGAGGGGAGCUUUACACCAAGAUAACGGCAGAAGGAAAACUCUCAGACAUUGACAGCAGGAUUGUCUUUUCUCAGAUCCUCUCAGCGGUUAAGCACAUGCAUGACAACAACAUCAUACACCGUGACCUGAAGGCGGAGAAUGUCUUCUACACCUGCAGCACCUGUGUCAAGGUGGGAGAUUUUGGCUUUAGCACUAUCAGCCGGCGUGAUGAGACUCUCAACACGUUUUGUGGCUCCCCGCCUUACGCUGCGCCCGAGCUCUUCCGAGAUGAGCAUUACCUGGGUGUUUUUGUGGACAUCUGGGCUCUGGGCGUGAUGCUGUUCUUCAUGGUGACUGGCACAAUGCCCUUCAGGGCAGACACCGUGGCCAAGCUGAAGCGCUGCAUCCUAGAGGGGGCCUAUAUUCUGCCCUCUUGGGUGCCUGAACCAUGCCAAAGGCUGAUCAGGGGGAUUCUCCAGCCCCAACCCUCGGAUCGCUGCAGUGUGGAGCAGAUGAUGGGCUGUGAGUGGCUGCUGUCUGUGGACUUCCCCCAUGCCAUGGAGCCCUUCAAAUUGGACCCCUCCUACCUAGCUGAGACCCCUCCGUCAGAGCUGGAGGAGGAUGAGUUGGAGGUGAAAGGAGCACUGGAGAUGCUAGGAAUCACUUCUGAACACAUCCUCAACAACCAGGGUAAAGACUGCAGGAGCUCCAUCACAGGGGUCUACAGGAUCCUGCUGCACCGAUCUCAUAAGCGACGUGCCGUUGAGAGCAUGCCUGUGGUCACACAUGUGGUUGGGACAAAUGUAACAAGUAAAAAGGACCGGCUAAAGAUGUACCAUAGUUUACGGCACACUUCCAAACUCUGUGUAAUUCUGUGA